UGAGAGAUUAUUAACUCAACAUAAAAUAUCAUUGCUUCCAAAAUUGAAACUCUAUCCACAUUUCAUCGUAUAAACCAAAACAACAUUUUAAAACACCACUUUUUUCAAAAAGAACACUAAAGUAGAAACUAGGAAAUAAAAUAAUAUGUUGUUCGGACCCGCGCUCCAUUCGGAUAUUCGAUCCGUGGCAGCAUUAGCAUUUGGCAACAGGGAAGUGUCGAACCCGGGUUUCCUACCCGACCCGACUCCUUGUCCUGGGAGUAGGACUCGGAGGUGGAGCUUGCGAGUGAGAGCUUCCUCUAUUGGCGCGGCGGUGGACAAGAGUAAGGACAACCGCUUUUCCAUUUGUACGGCUGACGAGCUUCACUUUGUCAAGCCUCCCAACUCCGACUGGAGCCUCGCCCUAUGGCGCUUUCUCCCCUCUCCAGAGGCGGUGGCAAAGAAUCAUCCAUUGUUGUUGCUGUCAGGGAUCGCCACAAAUGCCAUUGGAUACGAUCUCUCUCCUCAGAACUCAUUUGCUCGAUGUAUGUCGAAAAAUGGAUAUGAUACAUGGAUUCUGGAAGUCAGGGGUUCUGGGUUGAGCACACUUGGAUUGGUGGACUUGCACAAAGAUAAUGACUCUCUCAACAGUGUGUCUGAGAACAUAACGAGUUCCUCAUUUAGUUAUGGUCAAAAUGGUGGUUUUGCGGAUUCGGACAUCUACUCUGCCAGAAGAAGUUGGACCUAUAUGGUCUCGGAUCAACUGCAAUUGAUGGCAAAGCUGAGAAAAACAGCUAUGCCUUCAUCUGGGAGAUCAUCGAACUUUGUAAAUAAGGGGUUAUUAGAAGCACAUCAAAACUCUGUUAACGCUACCGGAGUUACAGGAAUGAAACAAUGGCUCGUAGAUAUCAUGAGACAAAGUCAAAGAUUAUUCCCUGAACAGUUUAUGGACCUGCAGGAGAACAUUUCUGCUACACUUGAAGAUUUGCAGCAACAGUUUGAGUUAAUCUUUAAAUAUGACUGGGAUUUCGAUAACUUCCUGGAAGAAGAUGUGCCUGCUGCGAUGGAGUACAUAAGAGCUCACUGCAAACCAAAAGAUGGCAAAUUGCAUGCAAUUGGUCACUCAAUGGGCGGUAUUUUGUUGUAUGCGAUGAUCUCUCGAUGCUGUUCUGAGGAGAAGGAUUGCAAAUUGGCAUCAGUUACUACUUUGGCAUCAUCACUAGACUACACGUCUUCAAGAUCAUCACUCAAAUUACUUUUACCCUUGGCAGACCCUGCACAAGCUCUAAAUGUUCCUGCAAUUCCAGUUGGGGCAAUAAUUUCAGCUAUUCAUCCUUUAACAUCCUAUCCUCCUUAUCUUUUGUCUUGGCUGAAAUCUCAAAUUUCUGCUCAAGAGAUGAUGCGGCAAGAAUUGUACGAAAAGCUUGUUUUGAACAACUUUUGUACCAUACCUGCCAAGCUUUUGUUGCAGCUAACAUCAGCUUUUCAGAAGGGUGGCUUACGUGAUAGGAGUGGAACGUUUUUCUACAAGGAUCAUCUCCACAAAACCAAUGUCCCUAUUUUAGCCAUUGGCGGAGAUCAAGACCUUAUAUGUCCUCCAGAAGCUGUUUAUGAAACAGCCAAGCUCAUCCCUGAGCAUAUGCUGACGUUCAAGAUUGUUGGAGAGCCUGAGGGUCCUCAUUACGCUCACUAUGAUGUUGUGGGAAGUCAUUUGGCUGCAAAUCAAGUUUAUCCACAUAUAAUUGAAUUCCUCAAUGAUCAUGACAUGACUUGAUUUCUUCUAAUCUUAUUUUCUGCAUCCAUUUGAAGAUGUACUCCGAUUAUUUUACUCACAAUCAUAACAGGAGCUGGACAGACAAUUAUAGAAAAUGUUAUAGUCCUGAUGAACAUUGAAUAUUAUCAUUUAAAACAAGAGAACAACCUUGUAAAUGAAAAACUAAAAAUAGUCUCAACAGUUACUCAAGGAAGUUGUUCUUGAAGUUUCAAAUAUGGUUUAUUUAUAGUAAAAAGUAUGCUUUGUCCUAUA